ACUAGAGGCCUGCCUGACUUCUCUUCCAAGACGGGAGUAUUUUAUUAAAUGUCUCCAGUUCACGAAGAAAUCACUGUGUUAUAAACAAACAAAUCAAGAAAAAGGAAGCGAUUCUUUCUGGAUAUUUCCAUCCGUAAAUUCAGACUAAAUUUCUUACCAAUUCGUGCUUCAAUUGUUACUGGGUUUUGCUCCUGGAAAAAUCUCAAAUGGAAACACAAAAAAGUGAACCAGCAAAACAGCAGUCAUCUGCAGCCCUGGAUCCGGCCAUCACUUCAUGCCGAAGGAAGAAGAAGGAUGAUGCCACUUUUUUGGAGGAUCUGAAGGAUCACAUCGAUGAGUUCAUUCAUGCAUCUAUGGAUGAGCACAAGGAUUGUUUUACGAAGACUAUCAAGAAGAUGUUUGGAAUGUCAAAGAUUGUUGCAGAGAGGAGUGGUGAUGCUAAGGAAGUUGAAAGUUCUUUGCCUCUCCAAACUACAGUGGCAAAGUAGAAUGUCUUCAUCCUUAUUGUAAUAGCUCAUAGUUAAACGCUAGUUUCAGUUAUGGUAAUGACAUUUGGUGCAGCUUGAUAAUCUAUUAUCACUACUCUGUUCGGUUUGACUUGUUAAAUGCAUAAAGUUUUAAUUCUA